AAUCAAUACGUGGCAUUACUUAUACCUUACAUUUAAAGUCAGUUUUUUGAAUAAAGUUGCUCUUACCUUAUAUAGAUAAAAGCAAAUGCAUACACCUUAUAAAUCUAAAAAGAAAUGCAAUACAUAAUAUAAGAUUGAUUAAUUAAUUGUGUGAAAAACAGAAGCAAUAUGGUGUUGAUUUUGAAGAUAUUUGCUGUAUUAGUAGCAAUCAUCCCUAAUGCUUAUAGUUUAAGCAGAGAUGAUUUCCCUUCUGAUUUUGUGUUUGGUGCUUCAACCUCUGCUUAUCAGGUUGAAGGUGCAGCAAAUGAAGAUGGCAGGAAACCAAGCAUAUGGGAUACCUUUUCUCAUAAUGGAAAUGCAAAUAUGUACGUGGGUGAUGGAGAUAUUGGAUGUGAUGGAUAUCACAAAUAUAAGGAAGAUGUGCAACUCAUGGCCAACAUGGGCUUAGAUGCUUAUAGAUUUUCAAUAUCAUGGUCAAGACUUAUUCCAGAUGGAAAAGGACCAAUUAAUCCCAGAGGACUACAAUACUACCACAACCUUAUAAAUGAACUGAUAAGUCAUGGAAUUCAACCACAUGUUACAAUGAACCAUUUCGAUCUACCACAAACACUUGAAGAUGAAUAUGGAGGAUGGGUUAGUAAAAGAAUUGUGAAAGAUUUCACAUCAUAUGUUGAUGUAUGCUUCAAAGAAUUUGGGGACAGAGUUAAGUAUUGGACCACAAUAAAUGAGGGUAAUGUGCAUGCAUUGUUUGGCUAUGAUGUUGGAAUCGUUCCACCUCAGAGGUGUUCUCCUUCCUUUGAAGCUAACUGCUCUAGGGGAAAUUCCUCAACUGAACCAUAUUUGGCAGCUCAUCAUAUGUUGUUAGCACAUGCAUCAGCUGCAAGAUUGUAUAGAAAUAAAUAUAAGGGCAUGCAACAUGGAUUUAUUGGGUUUAAUCUUCUUACUCUUGGUUUUGUUCCAAUGACAAAUAAUAGUGAAGAUAUAAUUGCCACUCAAAGGGCCAAAGACUUCACGAUCGGGUGGUUUCUAAAACCAUUAACAUAUGGUGAUUACCCUGAUAUAAUGAAAAAGAAUGCUGGUUCAAGGCUUCCUUACUUCACCAAAAAGGAAUCAAAUCUUGUUAAAGGCUCAAUUGACUUCUUAGGGAUAAACUUUUACACCUCAUAUUUGAUUAACAACAAUCCUCGCAGCAUGAGCUUGGAAGAUAGAGAUUACAUGCUUGAUAUUGCAGUGGGACUUACAAACCUUGAAAAUGAUUCUUCUAUAUACGAGUUUGAGAUUGCAACUACGAAUUUGCAAGGCGUGUUGGAUUUUUUGAAGAAUGAUUAUGGCAAUAUUUCAAUUUACAUACAUGAAAAUGGCCAAAAAAUAUUUCGUAAUUCAUCAUUGAAUGAUUGGUCUAGGAUGAAGUACUUGCAUGAAAUGAUUGGGAGCAUAGCUAAUGCACUAAGGGGCGGAUCAAAUAUAAAAGGUUAUUUUGUAUGGUCCUUCUUGGAUGUGCUCGAAAUACUAAGUGGAUAUGAACACAGUUUUGGACUAUACUAUAUAGAUUUGAAAGAUUCAAGCUUGAAGAGGCAACCUAAGCUCUCUGCUAAAUGGUACUCAAAUUUUCUGAAUAGGAAAUCUAUGGAUCCAAAGAUUACCAUGGAAAUUGAGAAUGAUGUGUCGCGGCCUAAAAUUUCGAGUGUUUCUCGAAUUCAAUGGAGUCGCCACCAAAAUUUAUUUUAAAAUAGGGAAAAUAUUGAGAAACCCUUAAAAUAGAAAGAAAAUGGUCCUUAAACCAAAUUUGAGUU